UUCCGUGUUGCUGUUUAGUGACAGAUGAGGAAGUAAAUAUCAGUCAGAUGGAUUACUAGCACAGCGUGUGGGGACUCCUGUAUACGUCUAUAGAAGCGAGUAUGUAACGUUACCUAAAGGCCCUAAGGAUUGCAGCCAUGGCAAAUCAGUUGUUGAACCAUCUCCCCAUUAGCGAGAUGGUGAACGGGCACCCAGAAGAUAGUUUUGUUACUCUUGGCGUCAAUAGUGAAGAAGAAAUGAUGGAGCAUAUAAAGCAGCUGAUUCUGGAAAACGACAGUUUAAAAGAAACAAUGAAGAGAAUGAAUCAGGUAAUGAAGGCUCAGCUUGAAGAUCUCUAUGAACAGUUUAAGUCCAAAUUUGUGGAAGCUAAUCGGUGCUUGCUAGACAUGAGAAAUGAGAAUGAACAGCUGAGGAAUCAAAUUCAGAAUGUAAAACAGAGUAUGGAAGAGUCCACACAAGCGAUAUCUAUCGGUUCUGCUUCAGAAGAAGUAACCGAAAACCUUAAGCAGCUUAAAGUGCAGUUGCUGCGUCUUCAGGCGGAAAAGGCUGACCUGCUUGGCAUAAUAUCUGAGCUACAACUUAAACUCAGCACCUGUUCAUCUGAAGAUUCAUUUAUUGAAAUUCGGUUUGCUCAAAAAGAUACCAGUGGGGAAGUGAAGGAGAAAAAAGAAUUUUCUGGCAACACAAACCAUGAAUUCAUUGCAUGCAGCAGGAAAAAGCCUAGCUGUGAUGACAAUCAUCUGGAAUCAGAAGAAGUGACAGUGCGUAGGCUGUUACACAGUCUCCGAGAAGAAACUCAGAAAGUGGAAACACUGGAGAAAGCCUUAAAAAGUGCAAGUGCAAGUGAAAGGCUCAAACAAGUUGAAAUGAUAGACACAGAUUUGCAAACAGAAACUGAUGUGGAUCAAACAAAAAGUGACAUUUAUUUGUCAGAACAAGAAACGCAAACAGAAAUCGUUAUGGAAGAGAGGAAAAGAGACCCUGAUUUGUCAGAACAGGAAACUCAAACAGAUGUAGAUAUGGACAUCAACAAAGGAGAAAGGCAGACUGCAGAGUGUUUUUCCACUGAAGUAGAUGCACUGAAGGUCAAAGUCGAAAACCUGAAUAAAGAACUUCAUGAUACCAACGAGAGGUUAAAUGAGGCUGAACAGAUAAAGAAAAGAUUACAAGACAAUUGUAUAUUAUUAGACAAGAGACUUUCGGAAAAUCAGGUUAAUUUGAUUGAGAGACAAGAGCUCCUUCAUUCCAUAAAGACAUUAGAGCUUCAGGUGGAAAGUAUGAAGUCUGAACUCAAAAUAGAGCAAAACAAGACUGAAGCAGAAAAAAAACAAUAUUACCCCUUGCUCGAAGCAUUUGAGAAACAGAAAUAUGAAUACGAAGAGUUAAAGAAAAGAGAGUCUGAAACAGUGCCCAAAGUCAUGUUUAAUGAGUUGCUUAGAAAGCUGGAUACGUGUGAGAAAGCACUGGCAAAAAAGCAGUUACAGAUAGAUGAAUUGACGGAAAAAGUUACCAAACAAGAAGAGGAUAUUGAAACAAUGGGAGUUCUUCGUGCUCAGAUUGACGUUUACUGUUCUGAUUUUCAUGCGGAGCGAGAAGCCCGGGUAAACAUUCACCAAGAGAAAGAGCAGAUAGCAACUCAACUGGCAAUGAUGUUGGAAGAAAAUGAAAAACUCAGCAAUGAACUUCUGGAAAAACAAUCAAUAGAAGAUUUCCAGAGGCGUCACAGGAGUACAAGUUCAGGCGAAGGCAGUGAAACACCUCGCCUUGUGGAAAGAGGAGCUGAGAAUGCAGCGCAGCAAAAUCCAGUGUUCACUUGUCCUAAAUGUUCUAUGGUUGCGCCAGAUAUUGAUACACUGCAGAUUCAUAUCAUGGACUGUGUCACAUAACUAUAUAUGCAGAACUAAACUAAAGAUAGUGGCCUAUACUAAUGAUAUAUGGAGCACAUUUUAAUUGUACACUUUACUGGUUAAAAAAAAUGUGAUAGAUCCUUUGAAUACUACCAGAUUAAACCUGUAUUUAUGGUUUAUGGUACUGUUUAAUUUUUAUUUAUUUAUCACUGUAUAAUAACUAUAGGCAUUAAUUGUGCACUUUAAACCCAAAAUCAGAUACAUUUAGGCCAUAAAUUCUAGCAGAUAGUAGGUUUUCUGCAAUGCAGCAUAUCAAAUUACUGUGAUUAUUGCACACUCUUAAUAGUAUUUUUCACUCUGUAAAAUAACCAUUAUUGUUUUCCUUAAAAUUAACUGUAGUAAAAGAAAUGCAAUUUGUGCCAGUUAUAUGCACUAUAUAAACCAGAUAUAUACUUCUCUCAAUGCAUUAAAAAAUAUUAAAGGUGACCAAAAUUAUUUGUUUGUCUUUUUAAAGGAGAAUAGGUGUUAGAAUAUAACCAUAAUCUAAACAUUGCUUAAAGUUUUUUUUUAUUUGUAAUUUUAUGUAAUUAAAUGUAAAUUAAAAGCAAUUUUUACACAGGACAUACUACAAAGAAGCCUGUAUGUGCUCCCCUUAUUCAUAAUACAGACUAUGCAAUGUAAUUAAUAAUGCAACUUGUAGAUGAAUAAAUUGGUAGGUACAGCCUAUUUAAAGGAACAUAAUACCCAUAUGCUAAAUCACUUGAAAGUGAUGCAGCAUAACUGUAAAAAGCUGACAAGAAAAUAUCACCUGAACAUUUCUAUGUAAAAAAGAAGAUAUUUUACCUCAAUUUCCUCAGCUCACCAGAGUAAGUGCUCUGUAAAAAGUUAUCUUUCAGAUACUGCUCACCUGCAGGUUAAAAAAAAGAGAAAUUAACAGCAGCCAAUCAGCAUCAGCAGUGUGAUCUUGUGAGACUUCAUAGUAAACUUCCUUAAACUGAAUAGGGAAAUAACAACAUGAGUGUGCAUGAGGCAUUCUCCUUUGCAAGUCCUGGGACAGGCAUACUGAAUGGCUGCUUAAAGUCCUUUACAAUUGGGUGUGAAUACUUAGGACAUUUUGAGGUAAAAUAUCUUUCUUUUCUACAUAGAGAUGUUCAGGUGAUAUUUUCUAGUCAACUUUUUACAGCUAUGCGGCAUCACUUUCAAGUGCUUCAACAUUUGGGUAUCAUGUCCCUUUAAGUGUUUUAAACUAAGAGAGGGACAUUUGCAGUGCUGCAAGUCCGUUUGGUAUGAUUACAAUAGUGCAUUUGUAUGUCCACUAAUAUUGGUGAUAUUACAACCUAGAUUUUAUUUAGGUUUUCUGAUUAACUCCCUUGGCUGCCAGAACUGCAACUUGUUGUACAAUGCUAUUAAAUUAUAGUCGUCAUAAUAGGGCUUAAAGGGCUUUUUUUAAAGCAUAAAUAUUUUAAUGCACAAGCCAUUGAGUUGAAAUAUGUUCAAGUCACAUCAAGAUUUUAGUUUUUUCAUUACAUCCUAUGUACAAUGUAUGAUGGGCAGCUUUGUUCUCAUUUAUGUAAAUUAUGUAAGUUUUGUUGUUGGAUUAAUUCCUUGCUUUAGAUUUAUAAUAAAGCCUUAUUCUGAAAA